AUGAGUGAACUCAGUGGUGAAGGGGGGGACCACAGGCCUUCGUCUGGUCUGAGGCCUCCGGGCAAAUCCCUCAUUUGGGAUUUAAAGGCAACUAGGGUCGUGUUGACACGACAGCAGGUCUCUGAACAAACAGCUGCCGCCUGGAAGGCAAAUGGCUGCCACGGUUUGCAUGUUGGAGCUGAAAUGUAUUCAAGAGCAGCAGAGAUUCACAGAUCAGACGCAGGGAGGAUGGAGACACUGCUGCUGGUCCUCACUGCCUCAGCGCUAGGGGCCACCUCCCCCGUCCCCCGGGGUGAGUACCACUUUAUUUAUGAGCCGAAGAACUGGACCGAGGCGCGGAGGUACUGCACAGAGAACCACUCCGACCUGGUCCCUGUGCGGAACCAGGAGGAUGUGACCGUCCUCAGAGGCAUGGCAGUCCUGAGCCAGAUGGUCUACCCCCACUACAGCUAUCGUGCGUGGAUCGGUUUGUACAACAGCAUGACGAGCUGGAGCUGGUCCAUGCCGGGCCUCCACCAGAACCAGUCUGGCUUCAGGAACUGGAACCAGGGAGAACCCAACCAUGCGCUUGGUAAAGUCCAGUGUGCAGAGAUCUACUACAGUGGAGUCUGGAACGAUGCGCCCUGUGAGUGGAAGCGCAGCUUUGUCUGCUGUGAUGUCAGCGGCCCCGCGGUGAGCUUUGUGUACGUGGGCCUGGCGCUGCCCUGGAACCAGGCCCAGAGCCACUGCCGGGGGAGGCACACGGACCUGGCCGUGGUCAGGGACGCGGCGGAGAACCAGAGGCUGCAGCGGCUGGUUCCCUUUGGGCAGUCUGCCUGGAUCGGGCUCUUCAGGUACUCCUGGCAGUGGGUGGACGGAGGUAAAUUCCCAUUUAGCCUCUGGGGGGCAGCGGACCCCAAUGGCCCCGCCGACGACUGUGCAGCAGCUAACUUCCAGGACUACGGGAGAUGGGAAACCUGGAGCUGCGGGGAGGAGAAGGCCUUUGUUUGCUAUCGAGCCCCUGUCUUAAAGCAAGUGGUGAGACUGAGGCUGGGGGGGGACUCCUCUCUGGACCUGAGCGACCCGGUGGUGUUGGAGGACGUCCUGAAGGAGGUAAAACAGGCCUGA